AUGGUUGCCGGCGACAAGAAGGCGGUCUUCGCCACGCGCUCACAGCGCACGCUGGUGCUGAGCAUCGUGCGCGAGGACUUCGGCGAUGUAGCGGAGAACGUGGCCGAGGCGCUGCUGCGUUCCGAGGGCAUGAGACUGGCCGAGAUCGCACACAAGUUGCAGCGCCAGACAACGGCAUCAUCCUCGGCGCCUUCUGUGCACGAGAUCAAAUGUGCGCUGCUCAAGUUGCUGCAGCACAAUGUGCUGGACGUGACGCCCGUGGCUACACCUCGAGGUGGCUCGCCUGCUGUCGCUUACAAUAUUAACGUGCAGGAAGCGCUGUAUCGCCUGCGGUUCCCCAAGUUUAUCGAACUGGCCAAGGAGACGUUCGGCUUGGAGGGCGAGGUGGUUAUGGAAGAGGUUCUGGUGCAAGGACGCGUGCGAAUGGACCAAUCUCUCGAAACAAUGGCCUAUAAUUUAGCAGAGCAGCGGCGUCAGGAGCAGAAGUUAAAGACGCAGGAGGACGGAGAGCAGGCUACAGCUGCGGAGGAGGAGGAAAUCAGUGAGGAAGAGCUGGACGAAUGCCGUCAUCUGGUGCGCGAGACGUUCGUGGAGAUGGCUAAAAAGCGCUACAUCUCUCGGGUGCAUCCUCUGGACCUAAAGGUGGCAGAACCAGAAGAAACCCCGGACUUCCCUGCCAGUAUCAUGCGCGGACAGGAUAAGGGCUCUACCAGCAACCUAAACAGCAAAUCUGCGGUAGCUACGGCUGCUAAUGGCGCUGGAAAUGGCUCUAAUGCGAACGGAAAAGCUGCUGACGAGGACGGGAUCACAGUGCGUGGCAAGAAGCGUAAAGCUCCGUCUCCGCCUUCUGGAAAUACGGUCCCUGUGGAGCUACAAAUGAUGCUGGAUGCUGAUGAAGCGGCUCGUAAAGAGAAGGACGACUCGGAAGCUGAGUGGGAACCCAGUUCAGCCUCAUCGUCGACGUCUUCACGUGGCUCCAAGCGUAAGAAGAACUCGAAGCGUGCGAAGCUCCCCACUCGAGGCACAUCGUCUGGAGACGGCACUACCGGUGGCGAAACCAGUGGUGAAGACGCGCCGGACGGCUCUGGAGCACACACGGACGAGCGUUCCUUGGUGUGGCGCUUUGGCGUGACUCAACUUCUGCGUGACCUACGACACAAGGCUUGCAUUAGGUUUGCGACAGAGAAUAUCAACGCUGUUGCCGGUGUCAUUGUGACGGCCAUGCUGCAGCAUUCAGCCCCGCGUGAACGUGAAAAAGACGAACCUACCUCAGCUCCAGUGUCGGCGCGUGAUCUGUUCAACAUGGAGAGUGUCAAGAACGCUCUACCUCCUGAGGCAAACAAUCCGUGGCGACUGUUGCUCAACUACAUUAUGGUCAUGUGUCGUGACAAGUCCGGUAUGGUGAUGAAGGUCGCGCAGGAGGCGUUCGACCCAACCCAGGCGCGCGCAGGCGACGGUGGUCAAUAUGUGGUGCACAUGCAGAAGAUCGUGGAGUUCUUGCAACAAGCCACGACUCACGCGUACAUCCAGGACAAGUAUGGGGUUGCGAGCGCUCGUAUCGUGCGUCUGCUGAUGGAGAAGCGCCAAUUAGAACAGAAAACGAUCGGCGAGUUGGCGCUGCUGCCGUCUAACGAUGCGCGGCACCGGCUGUACGAGUUGUACACAGACAAGUUGCUAAAGAUGCAGGAGAUCCCGAAGCGCGCCGACCACAACCCAGCCUUCACGUUCUUCUGUUGGUCAGUGGACGUGCCGCAGAUGCAGGCGCGUAUUACGGAGCGCGUGCAGGACUCGCUGUGCCGUCUUCGUCGUCGACGUAAGUUCGAGGCGGAGGAGAACAAAGAGCUCAUUGCGCGGUCGGAGCAGCUGGUUGAGGCCAACGAUCUGGACAAAUUCGACAAGCUCAGCCGCUCGCUCGACCGUCUCGACCGUGCCAUUAUCCACUUAGACGGUAUGCUGAUGUUGUACCGCGAUUUCUAG